UCUUCCCAAGAAAAUAAUAAAGAAAACGGAUAUGUGAGAGUCAAAAGGAUCAUUUAUAAGAGAAGCUCAAAAGUUGGCGUCUCUACCACUAUACAUACUAACUUUGUGUUGUACGUAAAAGUUAAAAAACACUUACCAAAAGAUGGAAGGAAAGAGUGGCAGCAUCAACGUGAAGGAAAAGGGUGAAUGUUGCUAUUUCAGUGAAACAGAAGUAGAAGAAGAAGAAGAAGACGAAGACCCGAUUGGAAUUUCACUACAUAAGUUGAAUCUUGGCCCUAAGAAAAAACUUCUUGUGCUUUCUCUAGGAGUUUUAUGUCAAAAGAUCAGAGCUUUCAAAAAGGACAGACCUAAAAACUGCAGUCCUGAUGCUACUUAUGGCAGCAUUCUCGUUUACAAGAGACCCCAUUGUGAAGAUUUCAUAAAAUUCUGUUUUGAAAGAUUUGUGGUGGGAAUUUGGUCUUCUGCUCUCGAGUUAAAUCAAGAAGAAUGUACAGAUUCUGGAUUCAAGUCGUUGGAGAACAUCAACAAGCCUCUCUUUCUUAAGGAAUUGAGGAAAUUAUGGGAGAGCAGCUCUUCAUCUUUAGGGCAAUAUUCUUCCUCAAACACUUUACUGAUCGAUGAUAAGCCUUACAAGGCGCUUCUAAAUUCUGUAAUACAACCUUUCCACUUGAGAACUAUUUUUAUGAGAUUAUUUUAUGCAUUUUACAGCAGCAGCAGCAGCAAUUCUGAAGAAGAAGGUGGAGGCAUUUUACUAGAGAGGCCAUUCUUUAGGCCUAGGAAGAAGCUUCUCGUGAUUUCCUUAGGCGGCCUGCUGUGCGCAAGAGUGUGCCGUAGAGACACAUCCAACAUUCCCCAAUCUCGCCCUCCUGAUGCUGCCUACGGAAGCAUUCUUGAGAAUAAAUCGAAGCCUAUCUUUCUCAGGGAAUUAAACAAACUGUGGGCGGAGAAUAAUAACUCGAAUCUAUUGUUGCUGACACAAAGAUAUUCUUCAUCGGAUAUAUUAUUGAUUGACGAUAAGCCUUAUAAGGCACUUCUGAAUCCUUUUCUAGUACACUUUUCUAAUUUUAAUUUUGUUUUUUCUUGUAGCCUUACACUGGGCAAUGAUCUUUAUGAUACUGGUUUACGUGAGAAUUGCCAUUUUCUAUGCAUAAUUACUGGUUUACGUCGUGAAGGUGGGCUCUGGAUCUACCUGGAUGGCCUAGCGAAAGCAGAUGAUGUGCAUACAUAUGUGAAGAAUCACCCGUUUGGACAGCCUGCUAUUACAGCCAUGCGUCCUGAUUGGGAUUACUACUCCAAGAUAGUCCAUCGUCAAAGCAAGGAAUGAGCCCACAAUUUGAAAAUAUAACACUAAUGAUUCAGAAUGUAGAUUGCACAUUCUGUUUUAAUUUACUUUAAGUUGAACCCACAAUUUCUCGUAUCAGAUAUCCAAAUUAUUACAUAGUUUGCUAAGUGGAGUUUUUAACCCAAAUUUUUGUUUAAAUCUACUCAUAUUUGUUAACCCAUAAUGUUAACAGGAGUUUAAAAUUAAUUGCUUAUAAUAUCUUCAU